AUGGCGACUCUAGUGACAACAAGUAAGUAUGCAUCGAAUAUUUGCGAUUUAUUUAAAAUGUUUCUGGAGACAUUUGAAUUGGAGCAUAUCACGUUUGUUCUUCAAUUAAAUGAGAAUUUUUCCCAACAUUUACCGGAUAAAUUCGAACAUCUGACGAAUAUUGUGAAUCGUACAUUUGCCGGAAAUUAUCAAGUUCAUCAAGUUGCAGCCAUCGUAUCGUUGUUCAGUAACCCGAAUAUUCCACGGAUCAUUAGCGACAGAGAUGUGACUAUGGCUAUGGACUGGUAUGCGUGCAGUGAAACAAACAAGAACUGUCGAGCAGUGAAUUCUAUUCAUAUUCAACCGUACAACUGUAUUUUGUGUAAAAGCUUGCUGGUUGGCUCCGUUUCAUCAAAAAUUGUUCAAGUGUUUUGUUCAAACGGUGUUGUCAAGACCGGCACUGUCUUCUCGUACCAAUGUAAUCACGCCAAAACUGAUUAUUCGAAGCAGGACGAUAUGAAAUAUCUUCCCAAUGGUCAUCGAGUGAAGGACGAAUUUAUUACAAGACCAAAUGCAUUCUGGAACUCGCCAUAUUUAUAUCUAGGAGGCGUAUUUGCAUAUGAAAAAGAUUAUUAUUAG